AUGUCCUUUCUCUUUGGUGGCGGCCGGCCUCAACCGACGUCCGCAGAAAAGAUCGCAGCCGCUGAAAAUGAAGUUGAGAUGGUCUCAGACAUGUUCAACAGGUACGCAUGUAACCUUGUGGCCGGCUGUAUCUCUUUCAACCUCUUUGAGGAGACUUCCGGACACCUCCCUCUGAUGGAUAGCCCACUGACCACUCCCAGAUUAACGCAAUCCUGCCUGAAGAAGUGCAUACCGGCCGACUACCGCGAAGGCGACCUCAACAAAGCCGAGAGUGUCUGUCUCGAUCGCUGUGUAGCGAAAUUCUUCGAAGUCAACAUGAAAGUGUCGGAAAAGAUGCAGGGCGAGGCCGCCAUGCGACAAGGAGGAGGAGGCGGUGGUGGAGGUAUGUUUGGAAUGUAA